AUGGCUUCAGUCACUGCGUCUACUCCGGUGAAGAGCCACCAUGGACUCUUCUCAUCCAAGACAGCUGGAGGUCGGAUGCCUUUGAGCCCUUCGCCCAACCCCCGUGCAAGCGGCAACUCCUCACCCUUCACCCCUCCCCGCCAGUCCGAUGGUGGCCGCAGUCAGACCAAGUCAGUAUACGGAGGUAAUCUCUCUGCCCACUUUGCCAAGUCCAUGGCAAAGACAGCUCGUACAACCCACCGUGACUCUCCAAAGUCGAACAUUGCUCGAACCCGCAAGUCACCUAAGCACUUGGAGCUCGGAGUCUCAGACUGGACCUUGACCGGUACAAGUGCGACAACAGCCAAUACCCCCUCCAAAGAGCACAUCCGCCGAGAGAUCCCCACACGGUCUCGUACCAGCAAGACUACUGUGCGGAUUCCUCACAACGCUGGAGACCGUUUCAUCCCCAACCGAACCGCAAGUGAGGGUCUAGCAACCAGUGGGGCCGCAAAGCCGGACGAGAAGCAGCGUCCUAAGAGCGGCGGUGGUGAUGGAUCAUCAGUCCUAGCCUCAGCAGCCAGUGCCUUCGACAUUGGCGCCCGUGGUACGGAUGACGACCUCACGGCUGCUUUGGAGAACUUGGGUCUGGAUGACAAUGAGCCCUCUACAUAUACCCGCCCGGCUCCCGAUGCCGUGGCCUACAAAUCAUCUCUGGCUGAAGCAUGUGGGUCAUCGAAGCCUAUCGAUCUUCGUGCUCAAUAUAAUCGUCCCCUCCGUUCUGCCAAAUCCACAUCCGCACAGUUCCGCCGCCGUGUUCAGACUGCCCCAGAGCGUGUCUUGGAUGCUCCAGGUCUUUUGGAUGACUACUAUCUUAAUUUGCUCGACUGGAGCUCUGGCAACCAAGUUGCUAUUGGUCUUGAGCGGAAUGUCUAUGUCUGGUCUGCUGAGUCUGGCUCUGUUAACUGCCUGUUGGAAACGUCCCCGGACACAUACGUGAGCAGUGUGAAGUGGAGCGGCGAUGGUGCUUAUGUUGGUGUUGGCUUGGGCACUGGUGAAGUCCAGAUUUGGGAUGUUGAGGAGGGCUCCAAGCUUCGCAGCAUGUAUGGCCACGACUCCCGGGUUGGUGUUAUGGGCUGGAACAAGCAUACUCUAUCCACUGGAGCCCGCAGUGGUCUUGUCUUCAAUCAUGAUGUUCGCAUCGCCGAUCACAAGGUCGCUGAGCUCGUCUCCCACACUUCUGAGGUUUGUGGCCUUGAAUGGCGCGCUGAUGGCGCUCAACUCGCCACUGGUGGAAACGACAACCUGGUCAACAUCUGGGAUGCCCGCUCUCUGAGUGCACCAAAGUUUACUAAGACGAACCACCGCGCCGCCGUGAAGGCCCUCAGCUGGUGCCCCUGGCAAUCCAACCUUCUCGCCACUGGUGGUGGUUCCUACGAUCGUCACAUCCACUUCUGGAAUACCACCACCGGUGCCCGUACCAACAGCAUUGACACUGGCUCCCAAGUUACUUCCCUGCGUUGGAGCAACCACUAUCGCGAGAUCGUCAGCUCUAGCGGCUUCCCUGAUAACUCUCUCAGCAUCUGGAGUUACCCAACUCUGGUCCGCAACGUCGAGAUCCCUGCUCACGAGACCCGUGUUCUCCACAGUGCCAUCAGCCCUGAUGGACAGAUGCUGGCUACCACUGCUGCUGACGAGAGCUUGAAGUUCUGGAAGAUCUUUGAGCGCAAGGCUGGCAGCAGUGCCUCUGCCGCUCGUGAGGGUGGUGUCGGCAGCAAGGCUCAAAUGACCAAGUCGAUGACCAUCCGCUAA